AUGAACCUUACUAUUUCUUCGCUUGUCCUCGCCAAUAAAGCAUACAAAUCACCAUUCCUUACAUUCACGGAAUCGUCCCUUCCGAAGAAAUUGACAUUGAACAGUAUUUUUGCCAAUAAAUUCACAUCUUCUUUUGCUAAUUUCUAUUCAUCGAUCGGCAGUGCAUCAAUUGUAUCAUCUUCAUUUUCAAGAUUCUUAAAUUCGCCUUUAGUAUUUGAUAAAGCCACAACAACAACACGAAACCAAGAAAGACAAUCUUUUAGUUCAGAGUUUAAUGAAACAUAUUAUAACUUUACUAACCUUACUUCAGAUUUCUUCGGUGGAGCCAUCGAAGUAGUAGGCUCUACAGCUUUCACAGGCUUAGUUGAUAAUUGCACAUUUACCAGCAACACUGCUUUAAUGGGUGGUUCUAUCUACGUUGCUGGAACACAAAUCAGUUUAGAAGUUAAAUUAAGUGCAUUUUCUAAUAAUUCAGCUUUAGCUGGAUCAGAUCUCUUCCUCCAUCUUAAAAACGCAACGAUUAACAGAACGACAUUUAAAGAGCCUAAAGAUGGCAGCUAUAGAAUUUUCAUCCAAUCAGCAAAUAACAUUCUUUUCAAUUAUGUAACAUUCCUCGGUAAUGCAUACAAAGUAAAGAGACUUUCCACACAAACACAUAUCGAAUUCAAAAAUGGAUGCUAUUGCAAUGAAAAUCCAUUCGUUGGCGAUGACCAAACAAAUAUUACAAUUGGACCUGCCUGUAUUUACAUAGAAAAUAACAAAACUAACUCAGUAACAAAUAAUGGAAGCUGCAUACACUGUACUUUCACAACAGCUCCAGCAACAACCCUCACAUCUGUUAAAUUAGGAACUGAAGCUUAUAUAAUUAUCGGUGUUGUUGCCUUCUUCUUCGUUCUUUCAAUCCUUGGUGUUAUCCUCGGAUCAAUUCGUGCAAAGCGCCUUCCAGAUAACCAGAAAUUACUCGAAAGAUCUUCUGAUGAGGAAAAUGAAUUAGAUAAUCCUGAAGAUCAAGAAAAUCCGCCAGCAUCUCCAUCAAAGGCUGGUGAUAAACCUGCAGCCGCUCCUGCUCCACAAGGAAUGGCUCCACCUCCAGCUCAAAAACCUCUACCACCAGCUAAACCAGCUGAACAGCCUGCAGCACAGCCAGCAGCACAACCAGCAGCAGCUCCGGCUCCAGCUCAAAAGUAA